AUGGUCAAGACUUCCGUUCUCAACGACUGCUUGAAUGCUAUCAACAACGCCGAGAAGGCCGGCAAGCGCCAGGUCCUGAUCCGCCCGUCCUCCAAGGUCAUCGUCAAGUUCCUCACGGUCAUGCAGCGUCACGGCUACAUCGGCGAGUUCGAGGAGGUCGAUGACCACCGCAACGGCAAGAUUGUCAUCCAGCUCAACGGCCGCAUCAACAAGACCGGUGUCAUCUCCCCCCGCUACAACGUCCAGCUCCGCGACAUGGAGAAGUGGGUUGUCAAGCUGCUGCCUUCGCGUCAAUUCGGCUACAUUGUCCUCACCACCUCGGCUGGUAUCAUGGACCACGAGGAGGCCCGCAGGAAGCACGUCGCUGGCAAGAUUCUCGGUUUCUUCUACUAG